GUUCGUGUUGUUGGUGGAGGAGAGUGAGGUCCUCGGCGAACCGUGUGUGUGUGUAGUGCGCAGGCAGCGAGCCAGACAGUGUCAGCAGUCAAGAUUUCAGUGAGGAGAUGCUGUUCACAGAAAUGGAGGUUUGAAUUUUUUUCACCAAGCUACUUCUCCUACCUUGAAGAUCUUUAACCAAAGCUUAACUAAAGCUAAAGCACAAAAAGACAAACGUACAAAUGUCUCCUACGAGGAUAAAGUGUGGCUUUUUCUGCUCCUUUCCUUAAGCAGCCAUAAGAUGAGCUCCAUUGCAGACAGGGAUGAUGGUAGUAUUUUUGAUGAACUGGUGGAAGACGAUGACAAAGAUAAGGCCAAAAGGGAGUCUAGGAACAAGUCUGAAAAGAAGCGUAGAGAUCAGUUCAAUGUCCUCAUUAAAGAGCUGGGAUCUAUGCUGCCGGGGAAUUCACGAAAAAUGGAUAAAUCAACUGUCCUGCAGAAAAGCAUCGACUUCCUGCGGAAGCACAAAGAAAUUAGCGCACAGUCUGAUGCCAGUGAAAUUCGACAAGACUGGAAACCUACAUUCCUUAGUAAUGAAGAGUUCACCCAGCUCAUGUUGGAGGCACUUGAUGGGUUUUUCCUGGCGGUUAUGACAGACGGGAAUAUUAUCUAUGUAUCAGAGAGCGUGACUCCCUUACUUGAACACUUACCAUCUGAUCUUGUUGAUCAGAGUGUAUUUAAUUUUGUCCCCGAGGGGGAACAUUCAGAAGUUUAUAAAAUCCUUUCUACACGCACAUUGGAAAGUGGUUCGUUGAACUCGGACUAUCUAAAAACAAAAAAUGAACUUGAAUUCUGCUGUCACAUACUACGGGGCACAGUUGAUCCAAAAGAGCCGGCUACUUACGAAUUUGUAAAGUUUAUUGGAAAUUUCAAGUCUUUAAACAAUGUGUCCAAUUCUAUGCAUAACGGUUUUGAUGGUGCAUUACAGCGAUCUCUCAGAUCUACCUAUGAAGAGAGAGUCUGCUUUGUAGCUACAGUGAGGCUGGCAACACCACAGUUUAUUAAGGAAAUGUGUACUGUGGAGGAGCCUAAUGAAGAAUUCACAUCCAGGCACAGUUUGGAAUGGAAGUUUCUCUUCUUGGACCAUAGAGCACCUCCUAUAAUAGGAUAUUUACCUUUUGAAGUGCUGGGGACCUCUGGGUAUGAUUAUUACCAUGUGGACGAUCUAGAAAACCUUGCAAAAUGCCAUGAGCAUUUAAUGCAGUAUGGGAAAGGCAAGUCAUGUUAUUACAGAUUUCUUACAAAAGGACAACAGUGGAUAUGGCUACAAACACAAUACUACAUCACGUACCAUCAGUGGAAUUCCAGGCCUGAGUUCAUUGUCUGUACACACACUGUAGUAAGCUAUGCCGAGGUGGGAGCAGAGAGAAGACGAGAACUGGGUAAUGAAGACUCACCUCCAGCAAUGACUGCAGAUAAAAAUCAGGAUUACAGGUCCGAUAAUCACAUCCUGAAGGAUGUGAUGGAAAGGUUUGAUGACAGCAGAACGCCGUCUCCAUCGUCAAAGAGCUCCAUCAAAUCAUCAUCUCAUACAGCCGUUUCUGACCCAUCUUCCACCCCAACGAAGGUCACAACAGAUACAAGCACCCCUCCCCGACAAACAUUGCCUGGCCCUGACAAGCGGAGAUCAUCAUCAUUCAGCAGUCAGUCAAUGAGUUCACAGUCUGCCACUACGUCAUCUCAACCAAUAAUGAAACCCCCAACAAUGAUACAGCUGCACCCAGGAAUGAAUCAGCCAUUCUCCCAGUUUACAUCACAGUAUGGAGCGAUGAAACAUCUUAAAGAUCAGCUGGAGCAGAGGACACGGAUGAUCGAGGAAAAUAUUCACCGGCAGCAGGAAGAACUGCGCAAAAUCCAGGAACAGUUGCACAUGGUGCAUGGACAAGGAUUCCAGAUGUUCUUGCAGCAACCGGCACCGGGGAUAAACUUUGGGCCAGUGCAAGUAUCUACAGGCACCGCACCCAGCAUCCAGCAACUUCCGCAGCUUACCAUGCAAAGUCAAGUGGUCCAAACCAACCAACUUCAAGGAACCAUGAAUACGGGUCAGCUAACAAGUCAGCACAUAUUGCAGCAGCCAUUACAAAAUACCAAUCAGCAAGGUCAGCAGAACAUGCAUGGAGGACACAACCAACAGACAUCACUUGCCAAUCAAACGUCGGGGACCCUCACUUCCCCACUAUACAGCACUAUGGUGAUUUCUCAGCCACCCACUGGCAAUAUGGUACAAAUGCAACCAGGCAUGCAGCAAAGUAACCAGGGAGCUACUGUGUCAACCUUUCCCCAGGACAGACAGAUAAGGUUUUCUCAAGCUCAGCAGAUUGUGACUAAGCUGGUGACUACUCCAAUGGGAUGCAGUGCGGUUAUGGUGCCAAGCACGAUGAUUAUGGGGCAGGUGGUUGCAGCCUACCCACAGUUUGCAACACAGCAGCAGCCCCAAACCCUCUCAAUUACCCAGCAACAGCAAAAUACACAGGAGCAACAGCAAAUACCCAGUAACCAUCAGCCUGGUCAACCUCAUCUCACCCAGCAGCCACAGCAGUUCCUACAGACUUCUCGGCUAGUUCACGGAAACCAGUCUGCACAGCUCAUCCUGUCCUCUUUCCCUGUACAACAGAACACUUACGCUUCAUCGCACCAGCAGCAGCUGUCCAGACAGAGGACAGACAGCAUGAGCGACCCUUCCAAGGUGCAGCAACAGUAACACUGACAUUAAGCCAGCUGUGUGCUGCUGGGUUGGCACAAAGAAAACAAAAACGAAUACUGAAUGGCAUUCAUAGCAGCAGUAUUGAAGAUCUAUAAUCACUACAAGCGCAGCAUGAUGAAUGUUUGGUACGACAGCAGAGCUCUUACAGAUCAUGCAAAACAAGAAUCUCUUCAGUGUUUUAUUGCUCUGUAGUACUAUUGACUUUGGUGACUAUUGCACAAUAAGGUCUGGAGAUGACCAGAGUACAAAUGGUUGGUUUUUUUUGGGUUUGUGUAUCCGUUUGGUACUGGAGGUGCCUGCAAACUCUAUGUCCCAGGUUGCUUUUGUUAUGAUUAGGAGUAACAUCACGAUAUAACCUAAUGCACAUAUUUAUUUGUAGUAUUCUGUAUUAUUUUGCCAUUGCAGAUACAAAUCACUUUUAAACUUUUUUUUUUCUUUGAGUAACAACUACAUUACAGAAUAUCUCUGUAAAAUAAUCACUUGGCUUCAUAUGGCCUGUGUGUUUAAAUAGCCUCACACAUUUUCCAAGCUGUGCCAGGGUGAAUAUAAAGACAUCAGCCUGUGUACACCCUCCUUCUCUUUGACCAUUAAAAAUCAUUGACUGUAGAGUUAAAAGCACUAUAGAAAUGAAGGGGAUCAGCCUCUGAUACCUUUGGCACCCCUGCUGCUGCAGACCAUUUGUUGGACAGCCAGCUAAUUAAGUCACUAAGCCACUAAUAACGGGUAGCUUAGGAUACAAUGGUUGGAGUGUCCCUGGUUGGACAUCAAUGGUAGGAUGUCUUCUCUCUAGUAGGCUGAUUUACCAAGCCAAAAAAUAUGGAAGCCAUAUGAUGCAUAUUCUGCAUUUAGGUUCCUGAGAUGGAAC